GUCUAGGGUUCGGGCUGGAGAGAGGCCUUGUAGACACAGGCGCCGAGGCUCCGAGCAGGGGGUCAGGUCGCGGGGAGAGUGAGGAGCUCCGCGGCUGCCACCCCGCGCCCCUCGCAGCGCCUUCGCGCCGACGAAAUGGCUACCAAGAAGUAAAUGCCCAGACGUAAUGGUGAUGCAGGUGUCAUGAAGUAAGAUGCAGUAUAGCAUCCAUCCAGAUUAGGACAAAAUUAUAUCUGUUUUUCUCAGAAAAGAAUUCCAAAAGACUUUUUGAAGGAAGACAUCAUCGAGUCUGAGUCAUUCAUCAGUGGAGAGAAACCAAAGAGAUUUAAGAAGUCACACAGAGGGCUGGAGAGAUGGCUCAGUGGUUAAGAGCACUGACUGCUCUUGCAGAGGUCCUGAGCUCAAUUCCCAGCAACCACAUGGUGGCUCACAACCAUCUGUGAUGGGAUCUGAUGCCCUCUUCUGAUGUCUGAAGACAGCUACACUGUGCUCACAUACAUAAAAUAAAUGUUUAAAAAGAAAGUCACACAGAAGAUCUGAAUCAAAUCAAAUGCCCACGACACCCAUGGUCCAGUUAAAGUACCAAACGAAGACCUGGUAUUUUGAAAUAUGAUUAAUCUCCUGAUGCAGCAUCAGAGGCUAACAAUAUUAAUGGCCAGAUCUAGGCAGUGCACAGCCGUUAGAACCAAGACCUCGGCAUGGCACCUCCGGAUGUCCACAUGUGAAUGGGCUCCGCAACAGCAGGCACAUGUGCGGGAGGACUCAGGGCACCGGACCCCUCAUUGCAGAACCGUGCGGACCACAACUGCCAGCGUUCAUCAGCUGGAGUUCCUCACUCGUGCUGAGCUGCUGCUUUCAUGCUGAAACCCUUGUCCUUCGUCCUCUGCUUUGCUUCUUUCCUGACCAGAACAUCCUGUAAUAUCUGUCUCUUCUACCCUCAGACCCUAGAUCAAUUAAAUCAGUCAGGCCCUCUAACUGCCGAGUGCAGAAUCCUGACUCUCAUCUUCUGCUGAGGUCCUCGAAUCUAAAAAUCUUCUUGGGCACUCAGUUAUUUACCAGUCUCUUCAGUUCCCUCAUUUUGCAACCCGUGUCUUGUAUUUUAUAAGAUGGGAGAUGCCAUCAACUUCAGCUUAUUUGCUAUUAUCACUCGUCUGCCCUUUAGUACGUGUGUGUACAUAUGUGUAUAUAUGCACAUGCGUGUGUAUGUGUGUGCAUGUGUGCUGUACAGGUAACUAUAGGGGCCAGAAGAAGACACCUAAUCCUCUGGACCUGAAGUCACCUCUCUAGUCCCUUCCGUUCUUAUGUUUUCUCUUGCCUCAGAGUCUGCCACCUCUCGGUAGGCGCCACAGUCUGGUCACUGUACCCAUCUCCCCUUCUUUAGGUUCUCAGCCCACUCUGUUAGUUAGGCUCCCCCCUCCAUGCUUCCUCUCUGUGCUUUAAAAAAGGAAAGAAAAACCCUUUUUCUGCCCAUUGAUUGAAGAUCUGCUUCUUUAAUUACGUGACACCUAAGACGGUGUGCUCACAUGGUCUUCUGAAGAAGCCAUGGGUAGCUGUUGUAGCUGUCCAGAUAAAGACACUGUCCCAGAUAACCAUCGGAACAAGUUUAAGGUCAUUAAUGUGGAUGAUGAUGGGAAUGAGCUAGGCUCUGGUGUGAUGGAACUCACAGACACAGAGCUGAUUCUGUACACCCGGAAACGGGACUCGGUAAAAUGGCACUACCUCUGCCUACGACGAUACGGCUAUGACUCAAAUCUGUUUUCUUUUGAAAGUGGUCGAAGGUGUCAGACUGGACAAGGAAUUUUUGCUUUUAAGUGUGCCCGUGCAGAAGAAUUAUUUAACAUGUUGCAAGAGAUUAUGCAAAAUAAUAGUAUAAAUGUGGUGGAAGAGCCGGUUGUAGAAAGGAGUAGUCAUCAGACAGAGCUGGAAGUCCCUAGGACACCUCGGACACCUACAACUCCAGGGCUCGGUGCUCAGAACUUACCUAAUGGGUAUCCCCGCUACCCCUCGUUUGGAGACGCUUCAUCCCACCCCUCAAGCCGGCAUCCUUCGGUGGGAAGUGCUCGCUUACCUUCAGUCGGUGAAGAGUCCACACACCCUUUGCUCGUGGCUGAGGAACAAGUACAUACUUAUGUUAACACUACAGGUGUGCAAGAGGAGCGAAAAAACCGUGCAAGUGUGCAUGUUCCCCCAGAGGCAAGGGUUUCUAAUGCUGAGAGCAACACACCAAAAGAAGAGCCGAGUAACCCCGAGGACAGGGACCCGCAAGUGCUUCUUAAGCCUGAAGGAGUCAGGUUUGUGCUAGGACCAACCCCUGUCCAGAAGCAGUUAAUGGAAAAGGAGAAACUGGAGCAACUGGGAAAAGACCCAGUCAGUGGGAGUGGAGCGGGCAACACGGAGUGGGACACCGGCUAUGACAGUGACGAGCGCAGAGAUGUGCCCCCUGUCAACAAACUGGUGUAUGAAAAUAUAAACGGGCUAUCUAUUCCCAGUGCCUCAGGGGUCAGGAGAGGUCGUCUGACAUCUACCAGCACCUCAGACACCCAGAAUAUCAACAACUCAGCGCAGAGAAGACCUGCACUAUUAAACUAUGAAAAUUUACCAUCUUUGCCUCCUGUUUGGGAAGCCCGCAAGCUCAGUAGGGAUGAAGAUGACAAUUUAGGACCAAAGACCCCAUCUCUAAAUGGCUACCAUAAUAAUCUAGAUCCAAUGCAUAACUAUGUUAAUACAGAGAAUGUAACAGUGCCGGCAAGUGCUCACAAAAUAGACUAUUCGAAGCGCAGGGAUUGUACACCGACAGUCUUUAACUUUGAUAUCAGGCGACCCAGUUUAGAACAUAGGCAACUCAAUUAUAUACAGGUGGAUUUGGAAGGGGGCAGUGACUCUGACAACCCUCAGACUCCAAAAACGCCGACCACUCCCCUCCCGCAAACCCCCACGCGGCGCACAGAGCUGUACGCUGUGAUAGACAUUGAGAGAACUGCUGCUAUGUCCAACUUGCAGAAAGCGCUGCCUCGAGACGACGGUACAUCUCGGAAGACGAGGCACAAUAGUACUGACCUGCCCAUGUGAGCCGGGAAGCACUGCGUCCUUCUCCGCAAGGCGUUCAGAGCGAAGAUGCAGUGCCUCCUCUUCAUGUCUACACUAGCUCCUUUAUAGACUGGUCUUCUGCUCUGAAUAUUUCAUCUUUAAAGGGAAUUGAUGCAGAGCAGGCACUCCUUAGAACACUAAUCUCCUGAUAGCUACUCACUGUCCAGCAGCACCCCAUUCUCACAGUGCCUACUUACCACGAGAAUUGAAGUGAAUGCCGUGCUGGGUGACCUGUCCUCAGCAUCCUGGGGGAUGCAUAGCUUUCAUGUCUGAGUUGUGGUUGGCGUUUGAACCUUUUAUAAAGUCUCUUGAUAAUGCGCAUUGCUAACAUAACUCUGGGCCCUGAGAGGAACCCUCAUAGAUCACUGUUCACAGGGUAUGGUCGCCAGCAUGGAACGUGAGGAUUUUAUUUCAUUAGUUAAAGGCUUUUUGUCUUGGGCCAAAUUCGUGUCAAAGAACAAGGAGAACCACACUUCCUUUUGUACCAGUCAGCACCUCUGUCUUGAGUGUGCUGUGAUUGGAAGGCAGCCAGGAGACAGCUCUGUGUCCCCACCUCCUGGUGUCAUCUGAAGGGCGUGUCCAGAUAGCAUCUUACUCAGAGUUAGGAUGGGCUUAGGAGUCAGUCUCAGGUCACUUUACCCAAAAGCAUUUGAAAGUCUACCCCUGAUCUCUCGGUGUGUCUGCGGUAGAUUACUGACAGCACACAUGUGUCUGCAGACACUCGUGCCAUUCAGUCCCAUGGAGCUUCAGUUUCCCCUUUGGUCUUUGGGUUGUCUUACCUUGUAUGUAAUGCUUUUUUCAAUUUACAACACAAUGUUUGUGUAUCGUCUUGGAAUAGGAUUGUGUGUUUGCUGUUACUACUUAGGCUGCGUUUUUGUUGUUACGGUCCUGAAGGUCCAUUUGGGACUGACUGUUAUUCUCUAGCUGGGUUGCCCUUGUCCAGUAUUUAUUUAUCUCCUGCUUGCUUUUCAAGUUGAUGAAAAAAAUCGACGUUUGGGUUUUAAAGUUCAUUUGUGUCCAUGGGUGAUCUCUUUAGUAGCUGAGAAGGAAAGGAAGAGACUCUUAAACAUGUGAGUCCCCGAAGGUCCUGUCCUCGCUGGGGCGCCCUGCGCUGCACUUUAGCAGGGGUUGUCUCAGCUCCAUGGCUGCAGGCCCGCUCUCCCUGCUCUGCUGUCCUCCCACGUGGAGCUGGGCUCUGAUUACCCUGUGAUGCUGGUGAGCUGUUAAUAUUGUUGCCAGCAUAACAGGAACAGGGAAGUCUUAAAGAGGCGCCGUUAUGUCAUAGCGUGAAGUGAAGAAAGGCCACUCAGACUGAUGUGCUCCCAGACCGACCACUGGACAGUACAGGGAGGGGCAGCCUGCGGGAUAGGUUAUCUUUUCUCUAAAGUUGGAGACAUUCCUGGUUAUGAUCUGGAUAUACCAGGUCAAGAAAAGGGUUCAGUCAUCGGCAGGCAGUGUAUUUAGGAACUCAUCCAGAGCAGCGGCUGGAUUUGCAGAACAGUAGUGCGGGGCCAUAAUAUCUAGAUGUUUCAUCAUCUUCAGCGCCAUUGCUUCAUAGCAUAGCAGACGCUUCCUUUCCUUUCCCUCUGCGAACUAAAAUGUUUGCUGUUCUCUUCAAGAGAAUAGUGGAUACAUGUGCAGUUUACAUAUUUAAUACACUGUUCCAUUCGUCCUUUCUUCUGAGUAGCUUGCUAAUUGUGCCAAAUUUCAGUGGUGGUUUUGUGGUGUGGGGUAAGGACGCUUAUGGGAAGGGCGCAGGUCCAGACAGAAUUAGCCCUCCACCUCAGAGGGCUGGUCUGCGCGGCCGUCUGCAGGCUGGGUGCUUUGUUCUUUCUCUGUACUCUUCACUUUUCCCUUCAGAUUUGAAUUAGAUUUUAUAUUUUUUAGCUGACUAAUAUCAUCAUUACAGCUAUGCUUUAAGUAGUAUAUGGCUUAAGAAUGCAAAUGGGACCAAUUUGUCUGCUAAGAAUUUGAUUUUAGGGUACAAUAUGAAUAUUAGGAAGAGGUAAACAGGUGUGUUAAUUUCUAGAUAUCUUCUGGAAACCACCUUUGUUUCUGUUUAACCAGUCCUGUAGAAUCCCUGUGUCCUUUACAGUCGUCUCAUGAUGGGCAUUUAGCUCUGUCCUGGAAGAAUGUACCUGCUACUAUUUGGUGAAUUUUAGAGUGAGAUAUUUUAUUGGCAUAUUUGUAGCCAUAUGUCUCAGAUUUUCUGAAUCAAACCUAAUGUCAGAUCAUUGGUUUUGUUGGUUAGACCAUGUUACCCCACUUUCUGGUUUUGGAAAUAUAAUCCUUGCUCCCUCCUUUUCUCCCCAGAUAAAAACCCUUGCUUAGUCCAUAUAGUCCAUAUAGAUCCUAACACUUCUACAGACCAGGGCUGGAGACUGAUAGGGCAUCACUAGUGUUUCCUGACUGUUGUGUCCCAGUUUCAUCUUCCUUUGAAAAGUGAAAAUAUGGUGCCUUCCCUCCCUCCCUUCCUCCCUCCCUCUCUCCCUUCUUUCUCCCUCCCUUCCUCUCUCCCUCCAAGAAGACGGGCAAAUCGUUCCUUGUUCUCCCACUGCUGUGGAGUGAUGAGACACGCACUUUACUCUUGAAGACUCAGCAAAAAGACUCACUUCUCAGCAUAUCCAUAAUAGACCACAUUUCGGACUUAGGAAACUUUGCCAAGCAGUCUCUGUCAUUACAGAUAUUAAUGUUGCCUCCCCCACCCCCCCACACUAUGUUGUAAGUCAAACUGUGUUUGUCUGUGCUCCCCACUGCGCCUACCCUAAAUCUGUGGGUGUGCACAGCAUAUAAAAUGUACCUCACUAAAGUUCUAUUGCAAAUGGGACGGGGCCUUAUGUGUUCAUCAUUUCCCAGCAAUGUGCCACCAUGUAUUUGCCUCAAGGCAAAGGUUUAACAAGCUAACAAGUACUUCCCAGUUCCCCUGUGCUGUUUUCUACCCACAAUACCCAAGUGUUUUGUGCAAUGUGUAGUGUGUAUGUAUAAAUAUAUAUAUAUAUAUUCUUUAGAGACAUCAUUCAGAAGUAAUGUAUUGGCAUCUCAUUCAUAUUUCUGAUGUGAAGUAUAUGGUACUAUUUACUUUUUCCUUAAUGUUUGCCAAAUUAGAAUCAAGACGUUGGUACGAAAUUACAGCAUGUGUAGAAACCAUUUUGGCUUGAAGAGUUAACCUGAAAUCCUUUCCCCCGUCAGUGUGCCCUGCACAGACUAGUGCCCUGCCGGCUCGCUGCCUGGUUCCCAACCCUGCGUCCUCAAUGUUCAGGGUGUAACACAGUUCUCUCAUAGCAUCCUAUCAUUGAAAUUGUCUGACAGUUGGACAAUGAAGCCUGGAAACAGGCUGGUACAGUGUACAAUAGUCACCAGGGGCCGAGUUUGCAUUAGUAAAUGCAAAAUAGAUGUUUUAUAAAGGACAGACUUUGUGUUAUGUUUCUAUUUUCAUUACAUUGUAUAAUAAUGUAAGAUUAUUGUAUGUUCUAAUUUGCAUUAUAAAUGUUUUUUUCCUACAUAAAGGCAUAAAUAUAGCAACUUUGUAUAAAGGUAGCUUAUUAGAUUUUAAUUUUUCUUUUAUAAAAGUUGUCUACAGUGGGACUACCAUUGCCAAAUUGUAUAUGAGAUAUGAAUCUUCCCCUAUGGUUAAUUUCUUUUCUAAACAUUCCAUAUUUCUCUAAUGAAAGACGUGAUACUGUACUAUGCAUAAAUUGUGUUUUAAUGCUGUUUCAUAUCAGCAGGUUAAUCUUGGGUUGGCAAACGUAACCACUGUUAUUACAAUAAAACCUUGUGUGUGUAACGGCGUCACUGGCCCUCUGGCCCCUCUGUCUUUGUUCUUGCUACCCCAUCAGUGCCAAUGUCAGACACCCUGUAGCAUGGCAAUAAAACAGACCGUCUACACUGAGGCCGAGUGUGGCUUUGUGGAGGAAGUGUGGGUGGGAGGACCACCCCACAGUUGUCAUAGUGUGGGCCUCUUGCCAUGUCAGCCGUGUUGUCAGGCAUAAGGAGUUAUCUACGAUGUAAACAUGCUUUAAGGACAAGUGUGCGAGUGCUUGGAAGCUUUGCUUUUGAUGUAACAGGUAAUAACUAGUUGUUAAUCUUUGGAAAAGUCAGAGUCCUUGAAGUACAAUCAAGCCUUUAUUAACUGGAGUACUUAAAGAAUAAGCUAAUAAUGGAAUUUUGUUCCACAAGGGCUAAGCAACACUUUUAAAAUUCUCUUACUUAUUGUAUUAGUAUACUUUCCUAUCCUAAAAUUAGAAUGUGUAAAAUGUGGCUCCAUCUUAGACUGUAGCAUCUCGCGAGGCCUUCCUGUCAGCAUCCGGGCGUAAAUACCCAUGAUGGGUACAAGGUGAUACUGAAGCUGAGCUGACACACACUGACCUUCAGCGUUCAGGAAAACUGCUCUGUGGAAUCAAAUCUGAUGAGUUCUUAUGGUCACUUCUCCCUUAUUGCCAAAAGUAGAUCGCAAUAAAACCCAAAUAAAAGUUUGGUUGGAUACUUACGUAAA